CGGUGCGAGCGGCAAAAAAUUGCAUACAGCGGAAAAGUGCGGAAAAAUUGUGAAAAAUCAGGAAAAAGCAAAAAAAAAAUUAAAUACUCAAAUAACAGUUGCUUCCUACUCGUGUGUGUGUGUGGCUAACAUAGAUGAGUGUAUACAUAGUGUGUGUGUGUGUCACGGUCGCAAGUGGGAAGCGAAAUUUUUUGAAGUGUAAUUAAAUGAAAUGCUUGCUUAGGCAAGAGUUAAUUUGCUAAGCGAAUUAGCAGCGCAUAAAUUGCAAAGUGCUGCUUGGCGGAGAAUGAGAAAAAUAAAAUAAAAAAUAAUUAAAAUUAAAAAGUUUGAAAUUAUUUUAAUUUAUAUCAAAUAGCAUGUGAAGCUUGUAGCUUGCUUUUCGAGGCAUAUAAACUCAAGGAUUAGUGUAAAAGAAAAUUACAAAAACAAUUUCACCACUGCUUCCACAAUAUAUUCGAACAAAUAUUGCGAAAUCAGUUCUUCUUGCAAAAUAAAAAUAAUUUUAAAGUAAUCCGCAUACUUGUAAAUACUCAAACAUGUAAGAAAAUAUUCCAAAAUAAAUACGAAAAAAAAAAACAAAAAAGUGAAAAAAAUCGAAAAUGCAAUUAAAAUGUUAAAGUCGCAACAAAGUGUCACUGCGCAAAGUGACGUCAAUUUCGUGCGCCGAAAACCAUUAAAAGCUCAUCAAUUAUUUAACAAACGCCGUUUUAAGUAGCUGAGCCGCCGCCGCGCUCUCUCACCCUCCAACAUCGGAAAGUGCACCACCAAUCUGUGCAGCCAGCCACAAAUCAAAGAACACAGCACUUGCUGUCAACAUGCUGGCCGAAAAUGUGUCGUUCGCCGUGUUGGUUCUGCUCGGUUGCUGGUGGGCUGGCUGUUGCCGCGCGGACACUGGCCUGCCGCUCAUACAAAUAAGUCAUGAUGAAGAUUUGGGAGAUGAUUACCCAGAAAUACGUGAGGAAGUGCACCUUGAAGACUUCUUUUGGACGGGCUCAGGUGAUGGUCCUCCCGACUAUCUAAAGAAAGUGCAUACUGGCAUUAGUAAAGGCAAAGAUGUGAUUGUCAAAACGGAGACUGUUGUUGCGACAGUUUAUGUAGACGGAAAUAAUGAAAUUGAUAUACCAAUAUGCUUGGAUUGUCCGCCAGAUGAUGGUGGCGGCACUUGGGGUGUUGGCGCCAUGCCACCACUUAAUUACUCAGCGACAGAUCGAAGAUAUUGGCUGUUGACAGUGAUGUCCGGAUUUUAUUCACAGAAAGAUAAUCCACUGUUGGAGGAGAAGCUGGCGCGUUUAUAUAGAUUGGCUUUUACGAGGCAACAGUCGAAACAUUUAGGCAUCAAUGGUGCACAGCAGAUUGCGGGUAUUGCAGUAUCAGCUGGUAGAAAUAGGCGUGGUCAACAUGAAGCCGACGUACAUACAUUGGAACUCACGACACCUAAAGAUCUCGAUGAUGACGCUGAAAUGCUAGAUAUGAUAGGUGGAGAUGCGCCAGCCGACAGCCAUGUCAUUCAGCCAAAACGUAAAACUAACAGAAAUACCGAGUGGGAAACGUCUUCAGAGGAAAUCGAAAACAAUUUCUCUUCCACAACCACUACCGCCUCAGAAGAGUAUACAACCAUUAGUUCGAAUACGGAAGCUACACACGAAAAAGUCGCAAGCACAACACAAUUGCCACACAUGACUGUCGUGCCAUGGGAGUUGAUACAGGAGGAUGCAAAAUCAGAGAAACUGCAAGCUGCAGCGGCGCUCUUAGACACGCAAGCGGUCCCGUUACAACCGCAGAAUCCACUGCUGCGUAAUGCACAAGUACGUGUGGUUAUCCAUAAUAUAACAAGGAUUACUGAGGAUGAUGUACAGAGGGGCAUACACAGCGUGGGCGUUUACGAUGAAGAUGUCAAUGAAAAAAUCGAUGAACGUCCUAUCGCAAAUCAAACCGAGCUCAUUUACUCUGUAUUCGUUAAUGGGCGCCCUGUGUUGGCAGUAACGGCAGCCAACGAUAUGAAACUGGUGUCUGAAACUGAAGCGUCGAAUGUUAUCGGGCAGGAGGUCUACAUGAAGUCCGAACGUAUGCAAACUUAUUUGCGCGAGCCACAGGCGACCCCCUUAGCGCCGGCAAUACGCAGCGGUCAGUCGGGUUUCAUAGACUCCAUACAAAACAACACCGCUUUGGUGGUGGUCACAUCGCUUGCGAUGUUAUUAUUGCUGCUUUUGCUCAUCGCAUUGUUGUUGAUGGGUCGUUCACGAGUGCGCGAGAAGCAGCGGUUAGAGGAACAAAGGACGACCAGCCGUAAUGAGCUGCUAGCGGAAUUGCAAUCAGGACGCGGCGCUUCUACUGAAACAGGUUUAGAUACUGGUCGAACAACUCACUCGCGUGAUAUAGGCGUACAAAACUUUUCAUUCGAGCACGAUGGCACUCAUCACGGACGCGAGCCACGUAUCAACUUCCCAAGUCCACCGGCAGAACGUGAAUACCGUCGCGACUCGCUUAGUUCAUCGGACAAUACGUCUGACUCUUCAGUCUAUUGUCCAAUUAAUCCGCCAGCGCCGGAUGUUCAACGCAUACUUGACGAUAAGGCUGCGGCCUUAUUUGACAAACAUCGUCGUAGACAUUCGCAACAUGACUACGAUCAGGCUGAGGGACGUGAGAAUGCUGUUUAUACUACCGUUAUUACAGAGAAAAAGCAUGACAAACGACGCAAAACGAAGCGACGCUAUCUCUCUGAGAAUCGGGUGGGUUCGCUGGAGACCAGUCCACGCACACAUCACGCAGCACAGUCUUCUGGUGACGAGGUGAUAAGUGGCUCAUUGGACGAUGAUCAAUUAAGUCCGACUUAUGCAAAUUUCGAAAGGAAUGAGGCAUUCAAUCCGCAUAACAAUUACCAUCGCAACAAACUAUUGCAUCAGAAGAGCGUGUUCGGCGAUAAGGUUGAUGUGGAGCAACUACAGACCGUAGAAGCUGUUAAUAAGGAUGUCAUACGCACACUGCAGCCCACGGAAAGGUCUUCCGAUACAGGCAGCAUUGGUUCAUUUUUAUCGAUGGCUUCCGUCAAAGCUUUCCCUAAGAGUUCACUGCCACAGCCAUUGAAUCGGGUUUUGGAUCCGGUUUUUGUCACAUACUACGACAAUGUUGAGGAUCCUGCUGCAAAGAAACAAAUUACUGAGACACGUCCGUUACGUAGGCAACAAAGCCGACAGAAUACAUUGGACGCUACGGCUAUAGCGACUAUAGAAAGCUUCCCCAGUCCGAAAGCGCCGUCACAAACCAAUUUGGGCGCUUCGCAAAGUGACAACCCAGAUCCAGGUGUUAUUGGGCCUGUAGUCUGGGAACGGCAUAAGAAACGAAUGAAAGAAGCUGCGGAUGCCGAUGAUGCGGACGACAUGCUAAUGGGGUAUGAUGAAAGGUUCGGCAAUAAUCCCGGAGCAAUCAGAGUUCAUUAUGAAGAUCUACUCGAAAGCGCCAUGCACAUGUAUUCCAGUCAAGAGGACUUGCCGAUGCCGUUGCCAACACGAGACUUCGUAAACAAACGGAAGCCCACAAAGUGGGAAAAUCGCGGCUCCUCGGCAGGUGUUUCUAGCUUUGCCGCGCGUCUAAAUACUACUGACGUCCGCCCAGCCACUGCCCAACCAUUGAAAACAACAAAAUCCAACAACUCAACUCAACCACCUUCACCUGCCAGCGGCGCUUGGGGUGGCAGUCUUUAUGGUUCACAUUCACCAUUAGAUCGUCCAUUUAGUGCUGGUCCUUAUCAGCGCUCAGAAACAUUCCAGGUGGUUGGUCCACCCAGAUCGACAUCACAUCGGUCUGAUGUCUCAGCGGAGCCCCUAAUAGAGGCAAUCAAAAGUGAAUUGCGAAGAUUUAAAGACGAAAAACAUUAGAUUCUGUGGAUAGUAUCCAAUGCACAAAAUGAUUGCACAAAUUUAAUUUGAAAAUAAAAGCAUGCGUAUUUAU